UUUUCGUAAGUGACAGACAGCAUUCUUCACCCACACAAACCACAUAAAUUUCCUACAGGAAGUCAUUUGGUGUUAUCUGGCUCACAGCUCAAUUUGAUAUCAAUGGGAAUUUAAUCGAAGGAACUGAAUUCAGUAGAAGAUGCAUGUUGUUCUGCCUAUAAAAAGCAAAUGUAUGAUCAGCUAACUUCGAUUCCACAAGGACAAAUCAAGAGACAGAGCAGUGCUUCAAGUACAUUCCGUUGUGUAAAUCCCCACCAGUUCCUGUAAAGACCAACAUCCUUACUUGUUUCUCAAGAGUGCACUUCUCUAAACAGAGUUGUUGUAAAAUGAAAAAGAAGUAUAUGAAAUUACUCAUCGUAGCACUAGCUAGCAGCUUUUGUCUUGUCAUUUUCUUUUCCAAACUAAAGGAUGUGGAACACAAACAAAGUGACUUGGCCAAGAUCACUUCGGUUCCAGAUUCCACACCAAGAAAACCUACAACUGUAGCUGUCAGGAGUAUCAAAAAGAAAACCCAUAGUGUUAUGCCAUAUGAACUUCCACACCUUACAAUUUCUGAGACUUUUAGAAAAGACAUUCCCAAAAAUGGUGCUUUCUGGAACCGGAAGUUUCAUUCUCUCCUUAGGCAGUUUGAUUCCACUGACAAUCAAACACAGAAAGGCCCACAUAAGUUUCACUGUCAGCCUGAUAGUUUUGAGUUGAUACAAACCAACAUUCAAGAUGUUCAUUCAUACCCUCCACUUUAUGGAAAAUUCCUUAGAGGCAUGGAGUGUCGAGACCCACUGCUUCUUAUCGAUCAGCCUGACAAGUGUAUGUCAGAGAACGGAGAGGAUCAAAUUUUCCUCCUUUUUGCGAUCAAAUCCAUCCCAGGGCACUUCGAGAGCCGCCAAGCAGUCCGAGAGACCUGGGGAAGAGAAGGCUUGUAUGACAAUGGACUUCAAGUACGAACUGUCUUUCUGCUGGGCCGAUCAUCUGCGGAUGAUCCCAAGAUCGACAAACUGGUUUCACUUGAAGCUCAGCAGUUUCAAGACAUUCUCGUCUGGGAUUUUCAUGAAUCCUUUUACAACCUGACUCUAAAGGAGCAUGUGUUCUUCAAGUGGAUGCUUGAUAACUGUCCUCAUGCGUCUUUCAUUUUUAAGGGUGACGAUGAUGUUUUUGCUAACACUCUAGCGAUACUGAAUCAUCUGAAGUCUCUGGAGCCCGAACAGGCCAUGGCAUUGUACACUGGGCAGAUCAUUUCUAAGGCCAACCCAUUACGGGACCCUAAAAUCAAAUAUUAUGUUCCUCAGUCAUUCUAUGAAGGUACUUACCCUCCUUAUGCUGGUGGCGGUGGAUUCAUCUUUUCUGGAAACCUUGUUCCAUCUCUUUACCACGUUUCCUUUUACAUACCCUUCUUCCCUAUUGAUGACGUCUACAAUGGGAUGUGCUUCAAGGCACUUGGAAUCACUCCAACAAAACACGAGGGUUUCAAGACCUUUGACAUUCGGGAACAAGAUCGAGAGAACCCCUGUGUACACCAAGACCUGCUCCUGGUGCACCAACGUAACCCUGUGCAGACUAUAAGACUGUGGAGAAAUAUGCACAGCAUCAUGCUGACCUGCUGAUAUUCGUAAACUAUUAAACACCAUUAUGUUCAGCUGUUAUGCUUGAUCAAACCCUUGUUUGAAAAGAACAAACUGGUGAAAUUUUCUGGGGGCAACAUGGGGACAGUGCAGAGCAUUAAAGUACCUCUUAAGAGACCCUGGAUGAAGACUUUUGUUUGUUUGUUUGUUUGUUUUCAGUUAGUUUGAAAGGAUUUGGUUUUAUUUCUUUGAAUAUUGUACUUGAUGUCUAACACCAUCAUAUCUUAUGUUUCUGUGCAAUUGACAUUGAGUGAGGUUUACCGGUUUAACUUGUACAGGUUAUCUAACACAGUUAGGGUGGGGAUAAGUCAUCGUUUACUCAUCCUCAUGUCAUUCCAAACUCGUACAAAACAAGUUUUGCUUUGUUCUGCAGAAAACAUAUUUAGAAGAGUGUUUCAGGUGUUUUUGUUCUUAUGUAAAUGGAUAGAAUCUUUAAAACUCCUUAAAAAUGUAAAAUGUUAUUUUACUUCACUUUCAUUAUAAAAAAAAAAAAAAAGACAUGGAAACACAAACCUUAAAAUGUUAAAGGGAUAGUUUACCCAGAAAGUCAAAAUCAUGUACUCUACUCAAUGAAAGUCAAUGGCUACCAUUCUUUAAAAUGCCCUGCUUUGUGGUUCACAGAAGCAAGCCUUACAGAUUUGGAAUGACAUGAAGUGAGAGAAUUUUCCUUCUUUUUGAGUCAACUAUGCUUUAUCUAAGGUCAAACAUCUGCUCAUGUUUUAUUUUUAUUUUUUGGUCACAAUUUGAUCCGAUCUUAUACUGGCUACGUUCACAUUGUGAAGUGAAGUGACGUGUGGCCAAGUAUGGUGACCCAUACUCGGAAUAUGUGCUCUGCAUUUAACACAUCCAAGUGUUCACACACAGUAGUGAACAUACACCCGGAGCAGUGGGCAGCCAUGUAGCCAUAUUCCAGCCAUAUUCAGUGCCUUGCGCAAGGGUCUCACCUCAGUCAUGGUAUUGAAGGUGAAAGAGAGAGCUGGUUAUUCACUCCCCCCACCAACAAUUCCUGCUGGACCUGAGACUCCAACCCACAACCUCUGGGUUACAAGUCUGACUCUCUAAAGGGUUAGUUCACCCAAAAAUUAGGCUGCGUUUUACUCACCCCCGAGGCAUCCUGGGUAUAUACAACUUUCUUCUUUUGGACAAAUCCAGGCGGAGUUAUAUUAAAAAUCAUCUGUGAACUUUCAAAGAGGUGUAUAUUCUAGCAGUAUACUGUCUUUUUCCACUUGACUUGCGCUUCCCAACAACACAAGCUUUAAAUCGUAGAAAUUGAAAUAACAUUUUGAGCAUGCAAAUGGCCAGAUUGAGAGCACCGGGAGAAGUUUCCAGGCCACCGGAGUUGAUUUGAAUAUAGAGUGGUGGAACUAUGAUGUCACUCUGUAGUAGAGGUCUUCACAGUGUACCCGAGACCCAUCGACCCGGGACCCGUACGGGUUCGGGUCUAUAUUUUAAAUGAUCAGCCGGGUCCGGGUCGGGUCCGAAUCUAUUACUUCGGGUCCCGGGUCUGUUUAACAUUGUGUGUAAUACCCGUGCGAUUGGAGUCAUCGGACUCUGAGAACACCCGGCCGUGAUCAGACACUG